GCAUGUUUCGCAUCCUUGGUCAGCCAGGAUUACGUAAACGGAACCGACCAGGAGGAGAUUCGAACUGGUGUUGAUCAGUGCAUACAAAAGUUCCUGGAUGUGGCUCGACAGACGGAGUGCUUCUUCCUGCAGAAGAGGCUUCAGUUAUCUGUGCAGAAACCAGAGCAGGUGGUGAAAGAGGAUGUGUCAGAGUUACGUAAUGAGCUACAGAGGAAAGAAUUGCUGGUUCAGAAACAUUUGUCCAAACUGCACCACUGGCAACAAGUUCUGGAGGAUGUGAGCGUUCAGCACCGCAAACCCUCGGACCUUCCUCCUCCUGGACCGCUGGCCUUCCUGGAGCAGGCCUCGGCGAGUCUGCCCCCUGCCCCUUUAAAACCAAACUAACACACGAAAGGUGCGGUCACAUUAGACUAAAUAAAACAUUAAGGAGGUGAUGUUGAACUCUGACCGGCCGGAGAUUGCAACAUAAUUGGAAACACAUGCCUGCGUUCAUCAACCGUACAGGCUUGAAGUGAAUGGGAGAUGUAAUGUGACCGUACCUGAGCAACAACGUCAUAAAUCCUGACAUGGAUAGUUUCAUUUCAACUUUUUUUCUCCGAUAUUUUGAUUUCUGUAAAUAUUUCUGUUGACUUUUUUUUUUUACUGUAAAAACAAAAUAAAAUUUGUGAGUAUUUGUGAG